AUGGUUGGGGGUUUUUCCGUCGUGGGUCGGGUUGGAAGCAACGCCUUCGAAGUCCGUUCAGUAGAUGGUCGUUCUUCAGGCAUUAUUCACUGUGAAGAUCGCAAAGCUCUUGAACAAUGGGUUCAACAUAUCGACUCUCAUAUAAAUGCUUUAAAUCGGAAAACUAUUAGAAUGAGUAAUAAAUAUCUACAUGCAUCUGAUAGGAUCGCCUUUAUCGGCUGGCUUGAAGAGCGUAGACGUCCAACAGAUACAUUCUCCCCAAACAACGCAAAUAAUAAUUAUUACAAUAAUUUUCCUGUAUCUACAGACCCCAGACAACAAUGGGCACAACGAUUUUUGAUUUUUAAGGGGGCUGAUGUUUGCCUAUUUGAAACACCUCCUCUAAAUGCAGACGAAUUAGACAAGUGUGUUUGCAUGCACAAAAUAUACGAGACAGCACUCAGAACAGCUAUAAAACGCAUAGAUCGUCGGGAACAUGUAUUCGCCUUGAGUACAGUACAUGGUCAAGAGCAUUAUUGUUCAUUCCAAUCAAGAGAGCAACUACAUCGUUUUGAAAUAGCUUUUUAUGGGUGUUUGUACAAAUCAGUGAAUACUAUGCAGGUGAAUAGAUCUCUUAUCCCAAUCCAUAUCAGUUUCUUACUUAUGCCCACUUAUAUAUGUAAACCAUUUAAUAUCCUUGGACAUCCCUUAUCCUAG